CCGCAGCUUACCCAUCAUCUCUUACACCACUCCUUGAGUAACAAUGGCCAUCGAUAUGACCAUCGUCCUCAUUGUUUUCUCUUUCAUUAUCUCCAUUUACUUCAUGUUCAUCAGAAAACCCAAGGGUACGAAGGCUCUAAACCUGCCACCAGGCCCACCAACACUACCCAUCAUCGGAAACCUCCAUCAGAUUGGUCUAGAACUGCCACAUCGUGCUUUCCGCAACUUGUCCAAAAAAUAUGGCCCCAUCAUGAGCCUGCAACUCGGCCAGAUCUCCAUGAUCGUCGUGUCUUCGCCUAAGUUAGCUGAAGAAGUGAUAAAAACCAACGACCUCGCUCUUGCAAGCAGACCAUAUGCACUUCUUGCCGAUAUUCUGUUGUAUGGAGGCAUCGACAUCGCUUUUGGUCGUUACAGUGAUUACUGGAGACAAAUGAAGAAGAUUGUCACCAUGGAACUCUUAAGUGUCAAGAAAGUCCAAUCCUUCAUGGGUUUUCGAGCUGAAGAGAUCGAUCGUUUCACGGAGGUCGUUCAAUCCAGCGUUGGAAAGCCUGUACAUAUACGUCAAAGGGUUAUGUAUAUGAAUAAUACUGUGGUGUGCAAGUGUUUGUUUGGGAAUAACUGCAGACAACAGGACGUAUUGAUCGAGUUGGUUGAACAAGUGGUGGCACUAUCGAGUGGGUAUUAUAUUGCAGACCUGUUUCCUAAGUUAAGCUUUCUUUCGGUCAUUUCUGGAAUGAAAUCGACUUUGAAUCAUAUUCACGAGACUCUUGAUAAAAUCUUCAAUGAAAUCUUUGAGGAUCGUAGAAUCAAAAGACAAACAACUGGACCAACGGAAGAUGAUCUCGUUGACGUUCUUUUCAACAUCAAAGAGCGUGGUGGUCUUCGGUUCCCGGUCACCGACAACAAUAUCAAGGCCAUCUUUUUGAAUAUGCUUAUUGGAGGCACUGAUACUAGCGUUGUGACAAUUGAAUGGGCAAUGACAGAGUUAAUGAAAAACCCUGAUGUGAUGAAGAAGGCACAAGCAGAAGUGAGAGAAGUAUUCAAGGGAAAGAAAACAGUGUUAGAGAGUGAAUUGAAUGGUUUGGUUUACCUUAAACACAUAAUCAAAGAAACACUAAGGCUUCACAUUACUAUUCCACUAUUACUCCCAAGGGAAUGUAUGGAACAGUGUCAAGUUGGUGGUUAUGAUAUCCCGAAGAAAAUGAAAGUUGUUGUUAAUGGUCUUGCAUGCGGAACUGAUCCAGAGUACUGGGAUGAUCCAGAAACCUUUAAACCAGAGAGAUUUGAGAAGACUUCCUAUGAUUUCUUCGGUACAAGCCCUGAGUAUAUCCCAUUUGGAGGAGGAAGGAGAAUUUGUCCUGGGAUUGCUUUUGGUUUGGUCUCUAUUGAGCUCACUCUUGCUAGAUUGCUAUUCCACUUCAACUGGGAACUUCCUAAUGGAAUGACCCCUAAAGAUAUUGACAUGACUGAGAGUCAUGGAGUCACUGCAAUUAAGAAAUCUUCCUUGGAGCCUAGCUGGGAAGAGGUACCGGGUUUAAUACCCACGUGGGGUCAGAGGUCGGGAGUUCAAUCCCUACAAAACCCAAUUUGGGUGCCUCUUAAACUUGUGCCACAUGUGGGGAAAUUUUCCCUGGAAACCCCUAUGGGGGCUGGGUUUGCCCUAGCGAAAAUUCGCCUAAUCUUCACCCUUUUCUUCGAUAUUCAGAAAGUUGCCUAUUCACAGUGGGUUAAACUUUUCAAACUCCAUGUUCGUGGCUAUACGGUUCUUCAACACAUUGAUGGCACUCCUCCUCUUCCGAAAACUAGUGCCGAUUACACCCAGUGGAACAAAAUUGACGGCGUAGUUCUUCAAUGGAUCUAUGGGUCGAUCUCUGAUGACCUUCUCACACGCAUCCUUGGCGAUGACACCGCUCACCAAGCAUGGGAAAAGGUGAAGAAAAUCUUCCUCAACAAUAAGGGAUCAUGUGUCGCCACCCUCGAACAUGAGUUUACCAAUCUUACUCUCCGAUCCAUGAACUCUCUUGAAGACUACUGUCAGAAGUUAAAGCAUCUUGUUGAUCAACUAUUGGAUGUGGAGAUCCCGCUCUCUGAAAAUCGCAGGGUACUCCAACUUGUACGUCGAUUGUUGCCUGAAUAG